ACCCAAUAGUACGACAAUAAUGGACCACAUGGUCAAUGAUGUGGCCAUUUAUGCCACUAUCGCACUGUCAAGUGUUGGCCGGGGGUUAAGUAUGCGCUCACUUCACACCACAUUCACCCGCAAUGCCGUUGAAAGCCAGUCAUCACUACUUGUGGUCAAUGAGUCCAAUGGUGUCCGAGAAGUGCUCUUAAAUAACCCCAAAAAGAGG